AUGGUUCGUUCAUUCAUGGAGAUGGACAGCAUUCAGCCUAACCAGGCUCUCCUGGACGCCAGCGAUCCCACAGAGCGUCAUUUUGCUGCCACACACAAGCGCUCGACGGACGGGGUGUACGUCGUCGAGUAUCCCUUCAAGGAGAAGGCACCGCCUAUUGAUUCGACCUUGCCACAGGCCAUCAAUCGCUUCUUCUCGCUGGAACGCAAAUUUCGUCGGUAUCCAGAAUUGAAGCAGCAGUACGAAGCUUUCCUGGACGACUACUUGCAACGUGGACAUAUGGAACAACUGACCUCGGCUCAAGUUGAGGAGUCCCCAGACACCUGCUUCUAUUUGCCGCACCACGCUGUCAUCAAACUGGACAGUCUGACUACCAAAUGUCGUGUAGUUUUUGAUGGAUCAGGAAAGGACAGCUCUGGAGUAUCGCUCAAUGACAGACUACAUAUUGGUCCACCAAUUCAACGCGAUCUUCUUGGCGUUUGUCUACGCUUCCGGCAGCACCAAUAUGUUUUAUGCGCAGAUGUCGAAAAGAUGUUUCGAGGCAUUAAAAUCUUUAAGCCACACACCAAUUUUCAGCGCAUUGUUUGGCGCAAGACUGAGAAUGAACCUCUGCUUCAUUUUCGCCUGCUGAAGGUUACCUACGUAUUGGAACCGUCACCCUUUCUGGCUGUUCGAGUUCUAAAGCAACUUGCCGACGAUCAUGGCCAUGAAUACCCUGCAGCAGCUCACGCUCUUCUGCACGAUGCCUAUGUGGACGAUAUCCCUACAGGCGCCAACACAUUCGAGGAGCUUAUGAUUCUCAAGGACAAGCUUAUAGCCCUCUUGGAUAAGGAAAAAUUCAAGCUACGCAAAUGGAGUUCUAAUAGUUGGCGUCUUCUGAAAUCAUUACCAGAGGAAGAUAGAUGUUUUGAACCUAUCCAGGUCCUCAACAAAUCAGCUGCGGAUUCACCUGUCAAAGUUCUUGGUAUCCAAUGGAACCCUGGGAAGGACGUUCUGUAUCUCAACCUAAAGGGAUGCGAUGCGACCAUUUCUCCGACGAAAAGAGAACUCUUGUCUCAGCUAUCAAGAAUUUAUGAUCCGCUUGGACUGGUAGCGCCGGUCACAGUUCUACUCAAGCUAAUCUUCCAAGAAAGCUGGACAAGUGUCCUGCAGUGGGACGACCCCAUUCCUGAAAGUCUACGUACGCGCUGGAGAGCCUUAGUAGAGGAUUUAACAGCACUUACGCAAUGCCAAGUACCACGGUAUAUUGCGUCACCAUUUCGAGAUGUUCAACUACGCGGAUUCGCCGACGCAUCCUCGGACGCCUACGGUGCGGUAGUUUACGCUCGAGUUGCAGUUGGAUGCAGCUUUCAAGUAACUCUGGUUGCCGCCAAAACACGGGUGGCCCCGAUCAAGCCCGUAUCAAUUCCACGUUUGGAGCUAAACGCUGCCACGAGCUGCUGGACAGAUUCAGAAAUUGUGCUACACUGGCUUUCAGCUCCCCCUCGACGGUGGAACACCUACGUCUGCAACCGAACUUCUGAGAUAUUGAGCGACUUUCCCCGUAGCUGCUGGAACCAUGUUCGCACGGAAGACAAUCCUGCUGAUUGUGCUUCCCGAGGACUUCAUCCGUCAAAGCUUCUGGAGCAUCGACUGUGGUGGAAAGGUCCGUCCUGGCUUGCCACACCCACCUCUGAGUGGCCACCUUCUACAAGCAAGUUCAGCGUAUCUUCAAGUUUCGAUGUCAACACCGAAGAACGAGCCAUAAAGCCCACGACUCUACAUAACUUUCCUGAUGAAAGUAUACACGAGUUACUCAUCCACAAAUUCUCAACCUGGACGCGUCUUAUAAGGGUAUCUAGCUACUGUCAUCGCUUUAUUCACACUCUUCGAUCUCACCAUAGGAAUUCGGCACCAUUCCUUACGUCUGAAGAGUUGCUGGACGCACAGCGCCGACUUAUUCGACAUGUGCAACAAAAAUCCUUUGCCAGAGAAUAUGCGCAGCUUAACGCUAAAUCGCAUCUUAUCCGGUUUUCUCCGUUUCUGGAUGAUUAUGGAGUAAUGCGAGUCGGUGGGAGAAUCGAGCAAUCUACACUCAACUACAACGCCAAGCACCCGAUUCUGAUACCUAAAGAUACACCACUAGCUGGACUGCUGGUUCGACAUUUUCAUGUCUCCUAUCUGCACACUGGAGUUGAUGCAACGUUCACCAAUCUUCGUCAGCAAAACUGGAUUCUGGGAGCCCGCAAUCUAGUCAGAAAGGCAGUCUUCCAAUGCAAAUCCUGUUUUCUUCAACGAAAGGGCACAAGCAACCAGAUCAUGGGAGAGCUACCAAUUCCUCGAGUUCAAGCUAGCCGCUGCUUUCAACACACAGGGCUGGACUACGCUGGACCGAUCGCAAUCAAGGAAUCAAAAGGAAGAACUCCACGCAUCGGAAAGGCAUGGUUUUCUAUUUUCGUGUGCCUCACUACAAAGGCACUUCACAUCGAGGUUGUUAGUGAGCUAACUACACAGGCUUUCAUCGCAGCCUUUCAACGAUUAAUUGCACGCCGAGCGAAGCCUACUGACCUGUAUUCGGACAACGGAACUACAUUUCAUGGAGGCAAGCAAACUUUGGAUGACAAGAGACGUCUGGCCAUUCAACAAGCCAAAGAUGAGGAACUAGCAGGAUUCUUUGCCAAUGAAGGGAUUUCUUGGCACUUUAUACCCCCGUCUGCUCCCCAUUUUGGAGGGAUGUGGAACCAGCUGCAAGCCAUGGUUCAAGGCUUUUGGAAAAGGUGGCAUAUGGAAUACCUAACAUCUCUUCAUGAGCGGACAAAGUGGCAUCUGGAAACCGAGAAUCUGAAGAUCGACACACUGGUAGUACUCAAGGAGCCCAAUCUACCGCCCUCUAAAUGGAUUCUUGGCCGCAUCACCGCAGUGCACGCAGGAAUCGACGACAAGGUCCGAGUCGUUACAGUGAAGACUGCUCACGGAUUAUACAAACGCCAAAUUGCCAAAAUCGCUGUACUGCCUCUCUGCUGA